AUGCCGCGAAGAUCGCAAUGUGUUUUCGGCUGUCAACAAUUCGGUAUGUAUUACAGAUGGGCAGGCAGAACAAUAGCAACUGCGAUCACAGUUUACAUAAUUAGCAUGGUGAUAUUUCGCAGCGAUAGCAUUCGCUGUCUCACCACUAGUAUAUGUUUUACAUCGGUUCCAGAGACAUCUUUAGAACGGUUUCUGCAAUGGAAAGACAUAGUGGGACCAAAGUGGCAGGACAAGACCAAUGAUGAUAUAUAUACAAAUUAUCGUAUAUGUAAUCAUCAUUUUGAAGGACUCUACUGUUACCCACAUAGUAAACGUCUAGCUAAGACUGCUUAUCCUACUCUUAAAUUGGGUUCAUCUGCUUCUUCUAGUCAAGACGUAUCCAUAGAAAUUCAACUGUUACCGCAACCCCUACCUGAAUCUAUGGAUAUUCACUCAGUGCCACAAACUUUACCCGGAUGUUCAGCCCAUGUUUCUAAUCUUGACCUGAUGAACAAAACUGGUCUUAAUUCCGUAAUUUCUGAUCAAAUGAAAGAUGCUACUGAGAAGCUCACGACAGAACAACGUUUGUGUGUGUUGAUGUUUGAUGAAAUGGCUAUUUCACCAUCAAUGCACUUUGAUGUUCCGUCAGACCAAAUAAUUGGUUUUGAAGAUAUGGGAUCAGUGCAUACAGAAAAUAUUGCUGACCAUGUACAAGAUUCCAAAAUGAAAGUCAAACAUGCUGCACAAGUAUUUAGUCAACGAGUCUCUGGUGCCCUAAGAUUUUGUACAAUUGGUUUCAUGUUGGUGUUAACAAAUGGAAAUUCAACCUGCCUCGGUACUCAAAUAGCAGAUAAUUAUAGUGAAUCUGCCGCUUGGAACUCGGUGAUCUCGGUAUGCUUACCGAGAUCACCGAGUUCCAUUCAAUAA